UUAAUUCUUUUUUGGGAAUAAAAAAGUAUUCUUGAACCUCCACCAGAAGCAUUUGUUUUGAAAACGAAUUUGAUUUCCAGAGAGAGAGAGUGCAAGUUAGAGAUGGCGGCCUAUGCAGCUCUACUUUCUCUCAAGUAUAUCAUCCAACAGAUUCAGCUUCAUCCUCGCCCUCCAAUUUCUCUUGAUCAAAACCAGGUUGUUUCUCUCACCAAAAGCCUCAAUUUCUUGCAAGAUUUUCUUGAAGGUUAUUCGUACGGCAGCAGCAGCAUCAGCAGAGAAGCAGUAGAUGUUUUGGAAAGUCGAAUUAAAGAUGCAGCUCAUGCAGCAGAGGAUAUAAUCGAAACCCGAAUUGUUGAUCAAAUUCGCGGUGGCGGAAGAAUCAAUUCCGUUGACUUUUAUCAAGAUCUAGAGAAGGUGAUCCAAGAGAUGGGUUUUAUCAAGAAAGAUGUGAUGGAGAUUAAGGAGAAGAAUAUUGGUAUAAUCGAAGAUCGUCUGCAUAUAAAUCCGUCGACGCUUGGUGGUUCAUCAAGUUCUCCUUUACCAAUGAAGCAGAUCGCCGUGGUUGGUCUUGAUGAUCAAUUAAUUGAAGUAAUGGAUAAGCUCACUGAACGACAAUCCAAUCUCCGCAUAAUCCCGAUUGUUGGCAUGGGCGGCAUCGGUAAGACUACUCUUGCUAUAAAUGCAUACACGAAUCCACUUAUCACGGAACAAUUCGAUAUCCGGGCUUGGGUUACAAUAUCUCAAACUUAUAAUGUGCGAGAAAUUCUUGUAGAAAUUCUUCUUUGUGCAAGCAAAGACGAGACCCGGAAAAGCUUGAGUGGGAAGAGUGAAGGCCAAUUAGGUGAGAGAGUACACAAGAGUUUAUAUGGAAGGAGAUAUUUGAUUGUAUUAGAUGAUAUUUGGAGUGUUGAGGUGUGGGAUAAAGUGAAACGAUUCUUUCCAGACAAUGGCCAAGGAAGUAGAGUAAUGAUAACCACUAGGCUAUCGAACAUUGUUCUUCAGAUGAUUGGCUCUCAGUUGAUUGGCUCUCAUGGCCUUGUGAUGGAUCUCUUAGAUGAUGAUAGAAGUUGUGAUCUAAUGUGCGCAACUAUAUUUGGAAAAGAAGAAGAUUGCCCAGUUGAAUUGGAGGAAAUAGGAAAGAAGAUUGCCAAAAAUUGCAAGGGGCUUCCUUUGUCAAUCGUUGUGAUUGGAGGACUUCUAGCGAAGUUGAAUCCCACAAGAGAAAACUGGGAAUAUAUUUCAGAAAACUUAAACUCAAUUGUAAACGUGGAAGACAACGAGCGUUGCUUAAAAGUAUUGCUCUUGAGUUAUCACUAUUUGCCGGUACAUCUGAAACCAUGCUUUCUGUAUAUGGGAGUUUUUCCUGAAGACAGUAACAUCCGUGUCCCCAGGCUCGUAAAACUAUGGGUUUCAGAAGGAUUUUUGAAACCAAUUAGGGGCAAGAGCUUGGAAGUGGUUUCGGGAGAGUAUUUGGAGGACCUUUGUGACAGAAAUCUCAUUAGAGUUCAUCAAAGGGGUACGAAUGGGAGGAUAAAGUUCUGCAAGAUCCAUGAUCUCAUGAGGGAACUAUGCUUAAGGGAAGCCGAGAAAGAGAAGUUCCUCUAUGUCAGAAGACCGCAUGACCUCAACACUCCACAAGGCAUUAUAAAUACCCAACGCCGCAUUUGUAUUCAUCAAAGCACAACGCACAAGAUUGUUGAGGGUGCUGAGAGCAGCUGAUACAGAUUUUAAUUCUUAUGGAAAGAACACACAUUGUACGUAUACCCUAGAAGAUGUUUUUCAGCUAGUUAACUCGCGGUACCUUGCUGUUGAUGAUUU